CCCACCCCUCCGGCUCUUCUUCUUCCUCUCCCCCCACCCCGCCCGCCUCCUCCUGCUCGGGACAGGGAGACGUGGUGCGCGCGCUUGGCCGGUCGGGGGCGGGGGGGGGGGGGGGAAGGAGGGCGAAAGGGGAGAGGCGGCGAUGGAUCCUGACCGGGAGAGAAUCGUCCGAGGACGGCGGCGUUGGUGGAUCCUCCGGCGGCUGUGAAGGGGGCGGCGGCGGCGGGGAAAAAGGGGGAUGCUGUCCCGGAAGAAAACGCGCGCCGACCUCUCCAAACCGGGCGAGGUGCAGGGCAAGUACAUGAUCAAGGAGACCAGCCCGUUGCUCCGCAAUCUGAUGCCUUCAUUCAUCCGUCAUGGUCCAACCAUUCCAAGGCGAACGGAUAUCUGUCUUCCAGAUCCAGUGCCUUCUGUCUAUUCGGCAGGUGGGGAUGGAGCCCUUUCCAGACAUCAGAGCUUCCUAAGGACUCCAGUGCAGAGGCCUCCUCAUGAAAUAGUACGGCGGGAAAGCAACAGGCUAUCUGCCCCUUCCUACCUUGCCAGGAGUUUAGCUGAGGUCCCUCGGGAAUAUGGCUUAUCUUCACAGUCAUUUUUAACAGAGGCCAACUCGGUUACUGAAAAUGGAGAUGCUGGAUCUCGUUACUAUUUUGGUCACUUUUAUAAUGAUCAAAGACGACAUCAACUGGGGGAUCAUGUUCAGGAAGAAUAUAGAUACUAUGAACAUAAUACUGACCUCAUCCAACGGAUGUCACAAAAUCAGGGAAGACACAGUUCAGGCAUUGGAAGGGUUGCUGCAACAUCACUAGGAAAUUUAACAAAUCACAGUUCAGAAGAUUUACCUCUCCCUCCUGGUUGGUCAGUAGAUUGGACUCUUAGAGGAAGAAAGUACUACAUAGACCAUAAUACUAACACAACACAUUGGAGCCAUCCACUUGAGCGAGAAGGGCUGCCUCCAGGAUGGGAACGUGUUGAAUCGGCUGAAUUUGGAGUGUAUUAUGUUGACCACAUCAAUAAAAGAGCACAAUAUAAACAUCCUUGUGCUCCCAGCGUCCCCCGUUAUGACCAACCACCUCCUGUGACAUAUCAACCACAGCCAGCUGACAGAAGUCAGCCUAUUCUUGUACCUGCCAAUCCGUAUCACACUGCAGAGAUUCCAGACUGGCUGCAAGUCUAUGCUAGGGCUCCUGUGAAAUAUGAUCACAUACUGAAAUGGGAACUCUUCCAGUUGGCUGACUUGGAUACAUAUCAGGGAAUGCUGAAGUUGCUUUUCAUGAAGGAACUGGAGCGGAUUGUGAAGUUGUAUGAAGCAUAUCGCCAUGCCCUCCUCAUGGAACUGGAGAAUCGCAAGCAAAGGCAGCAGUGGUAUGCGCAGCAGCACAGCAAGAACUUCUGAGCUCCUUUUUUGCUAUGGACAUUGAUGAAGGUUUUUAGAACUCAGAGGGACUUCUUGUUCUCCUUUAAAAAAUUGUGAAUGAGUGCUUUGGUUAAAAAGGCAGCUUCUCUCUGGAUCUUGCACCUUUUGUAAUUAUCUUCUUUGUGCAUCAUGGCUUUUGAAUACAAAAUGUUUGUUGUAUAAAAAGUUAGUUUCCUAUUCUGAAAGCCACUGUUGAGGAAAAAGGCAAAAACAACUUUGUGAUUAUUUUGUCUUUCAUGUUUUUCUAGCAAAUGGUUCUACUUUGAAGAAGCAAAAUUUCCUUUUUCAAAUGGGAAAUGUCAUUGUAUAUUUUUCUUGAAAGUAGGCACAUUUUAAAGAAAUUCUAAUUCCCAUUGCACAGCUGGUGAUUUCACAGGUGGUCUUGUAUCUGGAGGAUAAAGAGAUACUUCUGCUGCAGCAAAUGAACUGUAAAGUUUGUAGCUUUCAUAUACAAGGUAACCACAUAGGGGUUUUUCCUGUGGUUGCCUUGCAGAAUAAUAGUUUUGUUUGAACCAAGCACUUAAUAAAUUACUGCCUUAUUUUGUUCAACUUUGUUCUGAUUUGCUACUGGGCAUUUGUUUGAGGAAAUGUUGUAUGUAGGCUGGUGGAAGCAGUCUGUAGCUUUGAAAGUAUUCCAGGCAAGUAAGGACUGGACCAGCAUUUAACUAUAAACAUGAUGUUGGAGGACUGAGUUGUCUUGGCCAUAUGCAGUACAUUUUAUCAUAAUUAGAGUAGCAGUGAAGAGUUUUAUAAAACAUUUAUUUGGUGGCAAAGUAGUUUUACAUUCACAACUCCAGAGCAACUAAUUAUUUUCAUUCUGAAUUGUUUCUUAUGACUCCUCUGACAUGUUUU